AUGUCGAACAAUCAGCCGCCUCCUGGCCACCCGAGGGGCUAUCCGAGUCCGAAUAACUUUCCUUCUCCCGGCGGCAUGCCGCAGGCUCAGUACGGCUACCAUCCUCAGCCGAGUCAACCUCCCGCCGACCCCUACCGAGCUAGCCCUGGCGCGCCUGUCCCCUCACUGCCGAGUAUGAAGAGUCUCGACCAUCACUUCCCUCAGGGCGCGCCCCAGCACCAGUCGAUGCCGAUGCAGAUGCCAAUGCCCCCCAACGCAGGUCUGCCGUACUAUCUGCCUCCGGGCGUACAAAAUCCAUAUCUGGCGCAGGAUUUGAACAAUAUGAGGUAUCCUAUCCCUCCCGGUCACGAUCCUAGGUUGAUGCGUGGCCCGGGAGGUCCUAAGAAGGAGAUCAAGCGGAGAACAAAGACAGGCUGCCUGACGUGUCGCAAACGUCGCAUUAAGUGCGACGAAGCUCAUCCCACUUGCAACAACUGUAAAAAAUCCAAGCGCGAGUGCUUGGGCUACGACCCCAUCUUCAAGCAACAGCCGGGUCCAUCUGCCAUUCAGCCCGCUCCCAAUACCCAGCGGGUGCCGACUCCGACCAUCCCGUCCAUCCCUUCAUCCGUCCCUCCGACGGUCCCUACCGUACCUUCGACCCCCGCUCCUCCGGUGCCUGUGCCGGUCGCUUCAUCGAACCCUUACGGCAACCAGCCAGCGGUCCUGCCCAGCACAUAUAGUGCUGCCCCUGUUACAGCGUCUCACGCCCCAUUGGACCCAGCUCUGACUUCGGCUACGCCCAGCGUCAAGUCUGAGACGACGUAUGACUUCGCGGCCCCGAUAGAUCCUGCUCUGCAAAGUCUACCCGCCGCGGCCACCGUACCUUCUACGCAAAACCAGUCGUUCUCGGGCGAGCAAAGGGCAGGCUUCGACAACCAUCUGAGAGCCAAAGGGAUGAGAAUCGAUGAGCUCAUCGGCCUCCUGGGCCCUGCCGCUCCCACCCAGGAGAUUGCCCUCACUCCGGAGCUCCUCACCGAAAUCGUCAACAUCUACCGCGAGGUGUACGCCAUCGGCCUCCAGGCAUUUUUUGAGACCUCUUGGUUUCACACCAAGGACGCCCAUGGCAAAUACGCCCUCGAGCACAGCCAAGCACUCCUCAGCCAGUUUGCCUCCUUCGUCAAAGUUCUUCAGGCAGUCCCAGCCAAUGACCACACUCAGAUGGCCCAUUCUGGCGUCCUCGAGACUCGCUUGAUCUGGGCUCUUGCCACUCUGCCGUGCAGCAGCGCUUCUGCCACGACGAACACGGAUGCCAAAUUCUUACCUCCUGCUGAGGACCUGACGGAAGCCGCCAACCGAGUUAGGGUCCUCGAGACUCUUCUCUGCGGCGACUUCCUGCCGUCAAACCCCCUCGCACCCCCUGUUCCGGAUGCGAACCCCCAUCGCCAGCAAGAAUUCGAGUUUUGGCAUAAUCUCGCCGAGUUCUUGUGUUACCACGAUGCUGUCAAGCGCGAAGAGAUUCUCGGCAGACUCCGACUCCAACUGGGCGGCAGGGAAAACCGCGAUCUCAUCUACUCGAUUGCCAUCUCACGCGAGAUCUCCCCAAGGGUCGAACCGGGCUUUGAGAGAAACAUCCCCCAACACCUGGACGAAUCCGAUCCCAAGAAUCGACUGUACGUGGCCAACAAGUUCAUCCAGGACGAGGCGCAGGUCACGGGUGGAACGACCAACAUUGUCCGACGGUUCAGCGAGAUUGCCAUCCGGUCCUACAUCAACCCGGGCGUCAACAUUGCGCGCCCCAACCCGGCGAUCCCCGGCCACCAUUGA